GGCUUGAGGAUCAAGGAAACAAAGGAAGUUUAUGAAGGAGAGGUGACUGAGCUGACACCCUGUGAAACAGAGAACCCUAUGGGAGGUUAUGGUAAAACUGUCAGUCAUGUGGUGAUAGGACUAAAAACAGCCAAAGGAACUAAGCAGCUUAAGCUGGAUCCAUCAAUAUAUGAAAGCCUUCAGAAGGAAAAGGUAGAAGUCGGUGAUGUGAUUUACAUUGAGGCAAACAGUGGAGCAGUCAAGCGUCAAGGGAGAUCUGACACCUUUGCCACAGAAUUUGAUCUUGAGGCUGAGGAGUAUGUACCACUACCCAAAGGUGAUGUCCACAAGAAGAAGGAAAUUGUGCAGGAUGUAACUCUGCAUGACCUCGAUGUGGCAAAUGCAAGACCACAGGGAGGACAAGAUAUUCUUUCCAUGAUGGGACAGCUGAUGAAGCCUAAGAAGACAGAAAUCACUGACAAAUUAAGAAAAGAGAUUAAUAAGGUGGUAAAUAAAUACAUCGAUCAAGGAGUCGCUGAACUCGUUCCUGGCGUGUUGUUCGUCGAUGAGGUUCACAUGUUGGAUAUCGAAUGCUUUACUUAUUUACACCGAGCUUUAGAGUCGACAAUUUCCCCGAUUGUUAUAUUUGCAACAAAUCGAGGAAACUGCACAAUAAGAGGCACGGAAAUAAGUGCUCCCCACGGGAUACCCCUGGAUCUGUUGGAUCGACUUAUGAUCAUUCGUACCCUACCCUACUCACAAGAAGAAAUGGUUCAAAUUAUUCGCAUUCGAGCCCAGACGGAGAACAUUCAAGCUGAUGAUGAAUCGCUGAGCCUUUUAGGAGAAAUCGGCACCAAAACUACUUUGAGAUAUGCAGUUCAGUUGCUGACGCCGUCUAACCUACUCGCUCGCAUCAAUGGUCGUUCAAGUAUCAACAGACAGGAUGUGGAAGAAAUAAACGAGCUAUUUUACGACGCCAAAUCUUCAGCAAAACUUUUGGCAGAGCACGAGGACAAGUACAUGAAGUAAAGACACUGAACCUGAGCCGUAUCGCCAAGAGAGCUGUUCUUUCCUCGUAAUGUUACUUUUAGUUACGUGUUAAAGCACUGUCAAGUCAGUUGUGGUAACUAUUUAUAACUGUCACAGUAUAAGCGUUUGUAUUUUAUGGAUAGUGUGUUUUUGCACAAAAAGAAAUACCGGUA